GAUGAGGAUGACAAGAUCGUUGGGGGAUACGAGUGCAGGAAGCAAUCGGCAAGCCUACCAGGUGUCCCUGACCUCCGGCUACCACUUCUGUGGUGGCUCCCUGAUCUCCAGCACCUGGGUGGUCUCUGCUGCUCACUGCUACAAGUCCCGCAUCCAGGUGCGUCUCGGAGAGCACAACAUCGCUACCAAUGAGGGCACAGAGCAGUUCAUCAACUCUGUGAAGGUCAUCAAGCACCCCAGAUACAGCAGCCGCAACCUGGAUAACGACAUCAUGCUGAUCAAGCUGAGCAAGCCCGCCACCCUGAACAGCUACGUCCGCGCCGUGUCCCUGCCCUCCAGCUGUGCCGGCUCUGGAAGCCGUUGUCUGAUCUCUGGAUGGGGAAACACCCUCGCCUCUGGCUCCAACUCACCCGACCGCCUGAUGUGCCUGGAUGCCCCCAUCCUGAGUGACAGCAGCUGCAAGAGUGCCUACCCUGGACAGAUCACCUCCAACAUGUUCUGUGCUGGAUUCCUUGAGGGAGGCAAGGACUCCUGCCAGGGUGACUCCGGUGGCCCCGUGGUGUGCAAUGGGCAGCUCCAGGGAGUGGUGUCCUGGGGUUAUGGCUGUGCCCAGAGGAACAAGCCUGGUGUCUACGCCAAGGUCUGCAACUACAACUCCUGGAUCAGGAGCACCAUGUCCUCCAACUAAACUUACAUUGUUUGCUGUAACUAACAUGUCAUGUUAUAUGAAUAAAAUUAUU